AUGUCAAAGAAAACAGAAGUAGUGUCUCUGGAAGAAGCUGUGAAGAGACUCAUGGAUGUUGACGCAGCGAACACACGUAAAAUUGAUCUCUUGGAGGGUCAAAUAAACGAUUUGGUGAAGCUGCUGACUGAAUAUCGCGAAGAAAAUGUGAAUUCAAACAAAAACGAAUUCGAUAGAUUGGCUGAACGAAUCGAAUCCAUCCAAUUGUCAACUGCCUCGCAUUUCGAAGAGAUAACGAGUGAAUGUGAAAACAAUAAACGGCAAUGGAACGUUGUUGUUGGUCGAUUAGAUCAAAUUUCAAAGUCGGUAAGUAAUUCACAAUCUGAAUUUCGACACAAGGCAUUGGAUAGAGAAGAAAGCGAAGGCUUUCAGGUGCAGCCGGAAGAAAACUGUACGACAGCUAUGCCAACAUUAUCUUCGUCAAAUAGAAUAAAAUAUCCAAUCGUGAUACCUGUGUCAUCGGCAGAUCCAGAGUUUUGUGGGAAAGAUCGAGAGAGUCCAACGGCAUUUUUGAUUAGUGAUCAAGAAUAUACAGAAACAGUCUAUGCAUGGGAUGGAGUGAAAUUACUUAAUGGCAUCUCGCAAUUUUUACGAGGCUUUGCGCUAGAAUGGUACUGCCAAUUGCGUCUGGCACACCGUAGGCCGCAAAAUUGGACAGAAUUUUCAGAUUUAUUCCUGAUACAAUUCAAUUCACCAGUUCGUAAAGCACUACAAGAGCAAGAAUGGCAUCAUUGUUUUCAAGAAGAAGAUGAAACAAUCAACGAAUUUUUAGUUCGCCUUCGUGGCCUCUGGAGGGAGCAAAGACCGAAAGAAACUGAAUCCGAUUUAGUCAAACACCUUUUCUGCAGAAUGCGAACUGAAUUAUUAAAUAUGAUAGGAAUAUCUCGCAACGCAUCGUUGGAUGAAGUAAUUACUGAAGCUCAACAAAUAGAAGACAUUUUGUAUCGUCGAUCUCAAGGUGAAAGAUUAACAGAACGAAUUAAAGAAACUGAAACAUUAUCAAAGAAGUAUGAUAACACAUAUACUCCAGGUGAGACACCGUCAGGAUGGAAUAAUAAAUUAAGCAACUAUCCCGUGAACGAAGCAGAGCCAUGCGAAUUUACGAAUGAUCAAAAUCACACGACGGUAACGCCGAAGAACCGUCAAUCAGUAAAUUCGCCGGCUUGCUGCUCUUGUGGAGGUUAUGAAUGUCCAUCAAAUUAUUCUCAUAUUCAACAUGAUAAUUAUCGACAACAACAAAAUACAUCGAAGUCAAAAAACAACCGUGGAGCACUGGACGAACGGACCAGACCCGCUCCUUUUUGA